ACCGGCGCGGAACUGAUACAUUGUGUCAGACGUGACGUGUGAAGGGUUCUGUCAAACAAAACGUGUUUUAAUGUUUCUGUGCGUCACAGAUCUUAAUGUAUUCCAAUAGAGACUGAUCUGACGCGAAUGGUUUAGUGUUUUAAUAAAGACUCUUCACAUCAGGGAUAUCAACAGAACGCGCCGCGCGUCCCUGCCAGCCGGUUUCGCAACAUGCAGCUACACUGAUUUGCCUUGUGAUUGGUUUGCACACAAAAUCCAUUGGUUUGCAUGUAAAUUCAGAUGCUUUUUUAAAAGAACAACAUGUUGCGGUGGAUUCUGGGAGGUCGGGAAGCGCAGGGAACAGUGGAGAAGAGUGCAGCGCUGUUCAUUGGGGAGGAACAGCCCAAAAACUGUUUCACGGAGAUGCAGGUGCUGAAAGGACACUUUGACAUUGUUCGAUUUCUGGUGCAGAUUGAUGACUUAAGGUUUGCGUCUGCAGGUGACGAUGGCCUGGUGCUCAUUUGGAAUGUUGAGACUGGAGACUGUUUGUUUGCAUUGCGCGGUCAUACACAGCAAAUCACUGCAAUGACAUCAUACACCUUCAUCAGAGGAGGAACCGCACACACGGCGCUCAUCACCGCAUCAUCAGACCGCACGCUCAGUUUAUGGGAUCCAGAUUCAGGGAACCGAGUGCAGAACAUUUCUGAUCUCCAGUCCUCAGUGAAGUGUUUGCUGGUGUUGGCUCAUCUGGACGUGUGGCUCUCAGGUGGAAAUGAACUGUGUGUUUGGAACAGAGACUUGGAGCUGCGGUGUAAAAUGGUUCAUCACAGCGAUGCAGGCAUCUCGGCCAUGGUGGAGUUACCAAAGAACUUCAUUGCAGCUGCCAUGGAUAAAGAAAUUGUGAUAUUUAAGCUGAACCUGUCUGGAUCAGACAUUGCGGUCAUGGCCAUGCGUCAUCUAGCUGACCAUCACGACACCAUCCGUUCUCUCAUCCACAUCAACGAUGGCUUGUUUGCGAGUGGCUCUCAUAUCGGUGAGCUCAUUAUCUGGGAUUCAGUGGAUUGGACGAUCCAGGCAUAUGAGCACAUUCUGUGGGAGGAGCCAGCGAGAGACAGCCAAUCAGAGUUCAAACUGAAUCACCAGAAACAGAUCGAGAGGUCCAUUCAACACAUGAGCUCAGAUGGGGAGUAUAUAGUGGCGGCUGUAGGCAGUGGUCUGUAUGUUUAUAAUGUGCUGAUGAAGAGUGUGGUGGCAUACAGGAGGACGGCCCAUGAUUCAAAUAUCUUGCACACCAUGCUUCAGCAGGACAGCUUGAUGUCGUGCUCUGAGGACGGUAGUGUGAGGAUGUGGGAGUUACAGGACCUCCCCCUGCCCGCUGAACCCGCCUCCUCAGGGUUUUUUGGGAUGUUUGGCACUUUUGGCAGGUCCAGUAAGCAGACAGGCCCUCCUGCAAAGAAAAUCCCAGAAGUCCCUGGUUUGCGCUCGCUGGAACUGAUCGGCGAUCUGAUUGGUCACUCUGGAGCUGUGCAGAUGUUUCUGAGUUUCAAGGACAAGGGUCUGGUCACCUGCUCCACCGAUCAGCUGCUCAUCGUCUGGAAGGAUGGAGAGUUACAGUCUCAGCUCCGCAGUCUCGCAGUCUUCCAGAAACUGGAGGAAAACCAGGGACUGUGAUCGGAUCUUCAAAGCCUGAUGAUCCCCAUCAUCAUCAUCAUCAUCUUCAUCAUCAUCAUCUCUGGAGCUCAAAAUGGUGCCUGGGUUGUGUUAC